AUGCGUCUGAUGUCGUUGUUUCAGAAUGUUGCCAAUGUAAACCCCCGGGACUGCGUGGAGGACGAAAAACAGAACCGCAUCAUAUUUGUAGUAAAUUCGGGCAAGAUGGGCCUGGCGAUAGGAAAAAACGGGGCGCACAUCAAGACACUGCAGAAGAUGGUCGGGAGAAACAUCGAGUUGGUGGAGUACAACGAGGAUCCGGCAACAUUCCUGAAGAACCUACUAAACAACAAGCUGGUCACCGAGGCAAAGAUAACAAAGCGCCCCGAUGGGGCACAGCAGGCCAUAGUUGUAGUAGAUCCCCGCAACAAGGGUCUCGUGGUGGGCCGGGACGGACGCAACGCCGAGAAGGCAAGACUGCUUGCCCGUAGAUACUUUGGUAUCGCCAACGUUCUAAUCAACAGUCCCGAAGCUGCAAAGAUGGAGUUGUAA